UUCUCCUUUCCUUUUCGUUUCACUUCUCCUUCUUUUCCUUUCCACCGAUUCAUCUUCCUAAAACCCGUUUCUUUUUUUCGUCCUUAUUUUUUUCCAACCCAUUUCUUCCUACCCCACCCACGAUCUUCCAACCCAGCUAGCUCCCGACACCCUACAACCCAGCUGUUGUCGCCGCUGUCACGCCCUACUACCGCCACCUCCGUCAAACUCAGCUGCUGCCGCAGUCGUCACACCUAGCUGCCACCGUCAACCCAGCAACUCGUCGGAAGAUUCCUCUUGUUGGAGUAGAGAAAUUGAAGCAUUUAGAUGAGAUGAUGAAUAUGCAAGUUUCAUUCUUAGAUGGCUUUGAACCCACUCCCAAGACAUGUGACCACUCCUGAAACAUUGAGUUGGACCUUGAACUUAAGGAUUCAACAACUUUCCAAGUUUCAACAAAUUAGAGACUUUGUUGAAGAAGUUGUUGCUUAAUAGAAAUAAGUUGAAUGGAUCUAUCACUUUACUUGGAAGAGUUCCGAAAGGCCAUACUGCAAGUGGGGCCACCAGAAAAUUUUGCUCUGCAGACAGUUCAAGAUGUUAUUAGACCUCAGAAGCACACAAAAUUGGCCCAAGAUGAAAAUCAGUUGUUGGAAAAUAUUCUACGGCGACUACUUCAAGAAUUAGUGUCAUCUGCCGUCCAAUCAACAGAGCCAGUAAUGCAGUAUGGGAUGUCUAUUGAUGAAAAGGAAACUUCACAGGGUCAUAUUCCACGUCUUCUUGACAUUGUCCUAUAUCUUUGUGAGAAAGAGCAUGUCGAAGGAGGCAUGAUAUUCCAACUGUUGGAGGACCUGACUGAAAUGUCAACAUUGAAGAACUGCAAAGAUAUUUUUGGUUACAUUGAGAGUAAACAAGACAUAUUGGGAAAGCAAGAGCUUUUUGCUCGCGGAAAACUCGUCAUGUUGAGAACGUGCAAUCAAUUGCUCCGUCGUCUAUCAAAGGCAAGUGAUGUGGUGUUUUGUGGACGCAUUCUGAUGUUUCUAGCACAUUUUUUCCCUCUAUCUGAACGCUCCGCUGUGAAUAUAAAAGGAGUGUUUAACACCUCCAACGAAACAAAAUAUGAGAAACAACUCCCUGAUGGUUUUUCUAUUGAUUUCAACUUUUACAAGACCUUUUGGAGUUUACAGGAAUUCUUUUGUAAUCCUGCUUCCCUUGCACUCGCUUCGACGAAGUGGCAAAAGUUCGCAUGUAGUUUAAUGGUCGUAUUGAAUACAUUUGAUGCACAACCUUUGUCUGAUGAAGAGGGAGAUGCUAACAUCUUGGAGGAAGAGUCAGCAACCUUCAGCAUAAAAUAUCUUACUAGUAGUAAACUGAUGGGUUUAGAAUUGAAGGACCCAAGUUUUCGGCGUCAUGUUCUUAUGCAGUGCCUUAUAUUGUUUGAUUAUCUAAAGGCCCCAGGAAAAAAUGAGAAAGAUAUUCCAUCUGAAACCAUGAGAGAGGAAAUUAAAUCUUGUGAAGAGCGUGUGAAGAAGUUGCUUGAGGUGACACCGCCCAGGGGGAAAGAUUUCCUUCAGAAGAUUGAGCAUAUAUUACAACGGGAAAAUAAUUGGGUAUGGUGGAAACGUGAUGGUUGCGCUCCUUUUGAAAAGCAACCGAUUGAAAAGAAAACCAUCAAUGACGUAACUAAAAAACGUAGGCCAAGAUGGAGACUGGGGAAUAAAGAACUCUCUCAAUUGUGGAAAUGGGCAGAUCAGAAUCCGAAUGCUUUGACUGAUCCUCAACGUGUUCGCAGUCCUGCAAUUUCUGAGUAUUGGAAACCCUUGGCAGAAGAUAUGGACGAGUCUGCUGGGAUUGAAGCUGAAUAUCAUCAUAGAAAUAACCGAGUUUAUUGCUGGAAAGGCCUUCGGUUUUCAGCUCGGCAGGAUUUAGAAGGAUUUUCUCGGUUCACCGACCAUGGCAUUGAAGGUGUUGUGCCAUUGGAACUCCUGCCACCUGAUGUACGAGCCAAGUACCAAGCCAAACCAAAUGAGAGAUCUAAACGUGCUAAAAGGGAAGAAGCAAAAGGGGCAGUCCAGCAAGUUGAUGAAAAUCAGAUGGCAACUCCAGCUAGUGAGAAUGAUGGCGAAGGAACCAGAAGUGAUCCUGAUGGGCCAUCGGCAGGGAUGGAUGUCGAUACAGCUAUUGCCACGGGCAAUGUAUCUCAAGGUGGUAUUUCAACUCCAGAAGAAAAUAAACUAAGCUCUGACACGGAUAUUGGUCAAGAGGCAGGCCAGUUGGAAGCCGAUGCUGAGGUAGAGCCGGGCAUGAUUGAUGGCGAGACAGAUGCAGAGGUUGAUUUGGACACUGCAGGUUGAUUUGUGCAGAAACCCUUCGAUAAUAUCAUGCCAGGUUCAUCUCUGGCAGCCCAGAAUUGGAAACUGCAGGUUGAAAUAUAAGUCCUGUCUCUUAAUGUCUAACAAUUGCAUAUUAACUAAUUUCAGGAUUAUUAUGACCAUAAUCGGUUGCAGGUUUCUUUGUUCUUAAGUCAAACAAUACGAGGGGAGAUUUCAGGCUUUUUGCACAAGGCAACAUAAUCUAUUACUGUUUGAAGUUUUCAUUGCCCCACUGCUGUAUCCGUUUUUGCGUAUGUUUCUCAGCGAAAUGAAAUCAAUCCGACGAUUUCUUUUAAUGCAUCGAAGGUUCCGAAUGUUGUGACAAAUUAAUAUUUCAUGAAUCUAUUAGAAAUAUAGUGACGAGUCUGAUGGGCCAAUGUAGAAAACACUUGAUUAGGAGCUCAUUCUGUAGUUUUCCGUCCUAAGCCAUGACGAAUUGGUAGGAUUUUCAUUAUCUUUUAGUAGCUAAAUUUGUGCA